UCCAUUUGACCGUCAGUUUACCGAUUUGACCUGCGUUUAAUUUAAAAAAGAAACUGAGACAUGCAAGUUUGUUCACACUGUUGUUGUUUUCGAUCUACACGGCGGCUCGGAACUGUUCGCUUAGCCGACUAGCUAGCUAGUUAGCCCGCAGCAAUGUCAACGUGGCGGAGGCUGCACGUGAAGGUGCGGACGGCUCACGGACUACUUGCCUCCUCCAGACGCGUGACAGACCGGCACACACGGCUGCUCGGAAAUGUAACGUUGUAUCAGAGCCUGAGUACGGGCAGACCUCUCCGCAACGACUUCUUCAAAGAUCUGGAGGCCGAGCUGGCAGCCAUGAGGAAGAGGGCGGCGGACGCGCUGCCCGGGAGCAGCUGGACCCCCUUCGAGCUCAACCCGCACCUUCCUCCGGAGAGGGCCGACAUUGUGAUCGUUGGCGGCGGCGUGGUGGGCUGGUCCAUCGCCUACUGGCUGAAGCAGAAGGAGAGGGUGCGAGGAGCGCUGAAAGUUGUCGUGGUGGAGAAGGACCCAACGUACUCCCAGGCCUCCACCGUGCUCUCUGCUGGGGGGAUCCGACAGCAGUUCUCCCUGCCUGAGAACAUCCAACUCUCCCUGGCCUCCGCAGACUUCAUGAGGAACAUCAAUGAACACCUCGACGUGUUGAACGAAGACCCCGUGGACCUGCAGUUCAACCAAUCAGGAUACCUCUUCCUGGCCAGUGAGAAUGUGGCUCACAUCAUGGAGGAGAACUACAGCACCCAGAGGUAUGCUGGAGCCAAAGUUUCACUUCUCUCUCCCACACAACUGAAGGACAAAUUUCCAUGGAUAAACACAGAUGGUGUGGUGCUUGCUUCCUACGGGCUGGAGAACGAGGGCUGGUUUGACCCCUGGACUCUGCUGAACGCCUUCAGAAGAAAGGCCAUCUCAAUGGGAGUCAUCCAGUGCUGUGGAGAAGUUACAGAUUUUCAAUACACAGUAAACGUGAUGACAAAUGCUGCUGGUGACAACGUGGAGUUCAGGAGAAUAAAAUCUGUCAAAGUGCAGAUGCCUCACAGCCUGGAGUACCAGCCAAUGGAAUGUGCCAUUGUGGUGAAUGCAGCGGGAGCCUUUUCUGGUAAAGUGGCAGAGAUGCUGGGAAUUGGCUUCGGCCCCAAAGACACCAUCGCUGGAAUUCCUGUGCCCGUUGAGCCUCGGAAAAGGUAUGUGUAUGUAGUCCACUGUCCUGAUGGUCCAGGUCUAGACACUCCAUUCCUGAUUGAUUACUCUGGGGUUUACUUCAGAAGAGAGGGCUUAGGAGGGAACUACAUCGCUGGGGCAUCACCUGAAGAGGCGGAGGAGCCAGAUAUCAGUAAUCUGGAGGUGGACCACCAGUUUUUUGAGGAAAAGAUUUGGCCCAGUUUGGCCUAUCGUGUUCCUGCUUUCGAGAGACUGAAGGUGACCAGUGCAUGGGCAGGUUUCUACGACUACAACACCUUCGACCAGAACGGCAUCAUCGGUAUGCACCCUCUGGUCAAUAACAUGUACUUUGCCACCGGCUUCAGCGGCCACGGCCUGCAACACUCCCCCGCGGUGGGUCGUGCUGUGGCAGAACUGAUCUUGGAUGGAAACUUUAAAACGUUGGACUUGAGCGAACUCAGCUUCAAACGGAUUCUGGCGCAGGAGCCCAUGCUGGAAAGGAACAUCGUGUAGAUGAUCCAAACUUGGUCUUAUUUUCAUAGCUGUGAACAUUAUUCCUGUCAGUAAUAAUAACAUUGUACUCAACAUUGCAAUUGCUGAGAUCUGGGAAUGAUCGAGACUGUUUUCCUAAGGAAAGCGACAGCAUCGGUGUCAAGACUUCUCAAAGCCAAAGCAAUUAUGAUUCUUCAUAGUGUGACAUCGGUGUACACCCUUUGGUCCACAGAGGGAUGAUGGGUCAACAAAAUGUCAGACUUCAACACUAGAGAUCGCUGUUCGUGCCCCGUUUCGUUCCUCUGAGUUAGACAUGUCGUCAUCCUCCGGCAGCCAACACUAGCUGGAAUCCUGUAUGAGAGGAGCAGUCGACCAGACUUGAGUUCAUGUAUUGAUUGACAGCCGUGAGCUCCCACUGCUGAUGUUGGCCUUCUCUGAUUGGUUCGAAGUAGUCAUCCAGUUGUCAAAGUAGUCUCAAAGUAGUUUCAACCCAACCACAAUCAUUUUCCAAAGUCAGAAAACAGUUUCAUUUUUGCAGCAGUGAUACGUGUCGCUCUGAUGGGCAGUUACAGUUAAUUUUGUUGUUUCAUGUCACCUUUUUCAGCUUUUACAUACUGACCAUUGUAGUUAUCAGCAAUUCCCAUUCUGUGAACUCAAGUUGAUUUCUAAUGAUAUUUAUGUACCAUUUUAUUUUCUUAUAAAAUGCCCUUUGCACUUG